AUGGCUGCCAACAACCGCUCCCGCGUCUUCUUCGACAUCUCGAUUGGCGGCGUCUCAGCUGGCAAGGUCGUCUUCGAACUCUACAAUGAUGUCGUGCCCAAGACGGCAGACAACUUCCGCGCUUUGUGUACCGGCGAGAAGGGCGAGGGCAAGGCCGGCAAGAAGCUUCACUACAAGGGCAGCGCCUUCCACCGUGUCAUCAAGUCCUUCAUGAUCCAAGGUGGAGACUUCACAGCCGGCAAUGGUACUGGCGGUGAGAGCAUCUACGGCGAGAAGUUUGAGGAUGAGAACUUCGACCUGAAGCACGACAAGCCAUUCCUGCUGUCCAUGGCUAACGCUGGCCCUGCGACAAACGGAAGCCAAUUUUUCGUCACAACUGUUCCAACUCCCCACCUCGACGGCAAGCACGUGGUGUUUGGUGAAGUGAUCGCUGGCAAGAGUGUGGUUCGACAAGUGGAGAACAUAGCUACCGGCCCCAACGACAAGCCAGAGAAGGACUGCGUUAUUGAGGACUGCGGCGAGCUGCCACCAGACGCGGACAUCUCAGAGCUCACCAAGAAGAAGGCGGACAAGACUGGCGAUUCAUAUGAGGACUUCCCAGAGGAUCAGAAGCCUGGAGAGGAGGAGUGGAAGGGCACCGAGGUCGUUGCGAUCGUGGAUGACCUGAAGAGCAUGGGCAACAAGGCGUUCAAAGAGGGCGAUCUGGAGCUGGGUCUGAGCAAGUACCAAAAGGCGCUGCGUUACCUCCACGAGUACCCCGAGCCGCUGGAGAACGAUCCCAAGGAUCUGGGAGAGAAGCUGAGCAAGCUCAAGAUCUCGCUGCACACCAACAGCUCUCUUCUGCAAUUCAAGCUCACCCACUACCGCGAGUCGCUGGAGUCGGCGGACAAGGCCCUUGCGGUGUCAGGCAUCACGGACGCGGAGAAGGGCAAGGCGCUGUACCGAAAGGGUCUGGCAUUGAAGGCGGCCAAGGACGAGGAGGGUGCGAUUGAGAACCUAGAGCAGGCCGCGAAGCUGGUGCCAAACGAUGCUGGAGUGAAGAACGAGCUGGCAUCGGCGAAGAAGUCCGCUGCGGCGCGGAAGGAGAAGGAGAAGAAGGCCUACUCCAAGGCUUUUGCGUAG